CUCUGAUUGGCUCAUGGAUAUGCAAAUCUGCCGUAUGCAAAUAAAGCCCCGCCCCCUCCGCUUUGCCGCCUCUUCCCAUCCAACCUCAAAGCAACUUCAAUCAACUUUCCUUCAAUUCGGGGAAGGAGGGGGGAGUGAUUCCUCUUCCUCGAGCUCUCAUUGGUGGAGCGCUUGGAAAUAUGCAAAUGAGGCCUCCUUAAGCCACGCCUCCUCCUUUCCCCCCUCCCUCCUCCAUCUCAGCAUUGGCGACUAUUGUGAGCCGCGCCAGAGUUGCCACUCCAGGAAAUUGAGAUUUUUUUGUGGAAAAGAGAUUUCAUCCUUCGAGCCUCUGGGCAGGAUGUGUUUGAGGCACUGAAUGAAGUGUCGAUGUGACCUACUUUCUUAGGGCAUGCUCGCCCACCUCCCCUCCCAACUUCGCCCCCCAGCACUUUGGAGAAACCAGAAUGAAGCGGCACAAGUGAGUGUUUCCCUUUAAAAAAAAAGACACACAGAGAGAGGAUAUCGUCUGUGGCAAGUUAUUCCGCCACACUGCACUGUCGCAGACUUCUUUUUCAGCAUGGCCAGCACUGCAAACAAUGGUUUUGGAUGGCGGCAAGAAGAAGAAGAGGACGAAGAAGAGGACGAGGAGGAAGGAGAGGAGGUUGAGCUUGAGGAAGACACGGAUCCAAGUGGAGGCAGGCUCUUGGGACACAUGGAUCGCUGGAACAUCUCAUCCUCCUCUCAAGAAAUCCUAGAAGACAUUGAUCUCCUGCAGGAGCUUAAGGAUUACCAAGACCUUCUGGAAGAACAUGGAGAGGACUAUGAUUUUGGCGAACUUUCUGAGUUUGAAGGCCUGGGAAAGGCCAAUCCUAGGAGUCCCCAAGCUGAAUAUCUAGAGGGUGAUGAGACCCCAGAAGACCUAAGUCCGCUCUCCUAUUGGCGUCCAAAGAUGGACCAACAGUUGGAUUUCCCAGAAGACAACCAAGACAUCUCAUUGGCACAAGAUGUGGCCAGUGAUGGAGAGGCCUCCCGUGAGCUUUCUUUUGAGGGUCAGUAUGGCUCAGAGUUCAGCACCAGUCCUGAGGCACAGAGAGAUCCUUUGACUUCGUAUCAACACCGCAGGUCCUACAUCUUGGCCUCAGAUGGUGGUGAAGAGGACAUAAUGGAGAACCCCAACCUCAGCGAGGAGGACAUAUUGGAGAACCCCAACCUCAGCGAGGAGGACAUAUUGGAGAACCCCAACCUCAGCCCGUCUCCUUCUGGGACACCCCUGCAGCACACCCGCUUAAAAAUAGAUGUCUUUAAGACUCAGGGGCCACAUGGCGACAGUCAAGAGCUCUCCUCUCCAUUGGGAAGGGAUCUCAGACUUAGUUGUCCUCCACCUUCCAUGACUUGGAGUCGGAGCUCCUUCGCAGACCACAUUCGCAACUCUCCCAGCGUUGAUCCUGAGAUGUCUUCCUGGGUGGAGGCCAUGGGUCAACCCAUGAUGACUGCUGGUGAAACAUUCCAGAAAGAACAGUAUGGUACGUUAGUCACGGCUCAGCCUGGAGAUAGAUGUUUGGAUUUGAGUGAAGCUCUAGAAACACCUCCUGCUCUGAGUCAGGUCCAUCACAGGAGGCCAGAAAGAUCACGGAAGUUGAAAGCCGGCAUCGCCCAAGGGCUCCCGUCCAAAUUCAGCAGGCAGUCGAGGUCCCUGAGUCCUCCGGGAAGAACCUCCCGGAGAAAAGCAGCAGGAGAACCAGAUUCAAGUCCACCCAUCCUUGUUAUGAGCAACGCUGUGCCCUACGGCCGAGGGCAGCUCAACUACCCGUUGCCGGAUCUAUCCAAAGUGGAGCCUCGGGUGAGAUUCCCCACUCAACGUUACCACCCGCCCCGAGGGAAAACCCUCCUGGCCAGGUCCAAAGAUCCUGGGAAGCCGGUGAUCUUCAAGUCUCCUGCUGAGAUUGUCCGUGAGGUGUUGUUGAGCAGCGGGGAGGGAUCCCCGCAGCAACACGCAGCAGCUUCCACCGUCUCCGUGAUUCCAGAAGAAUUGAAAUCCCCACGACAAGCCACCGAAUUGGUGCACCAGCUUCAGGAGGAUUACCACAAACUGCUGACGAAGUAUGCCGAAGCUGAGAAUACUAUUGAUCGGCUGAGACUGGGCGAAAAGGUACGCUUGUAUGCUGACCCGCCGCAGCCCAGCUAUAUGGUCCAGAUGGGGACGGUAUCUCCAGCCUCCAAGGUUAUGACCCUAAGCCUCCCUCAAGUCAGGACAUCUGAGGUCAUGGGGAUGUCUAGCCCAGCAUUAGAACCUGCUCAGGACAAAGUAGGGUUUUCUGGACAGCCUGUGGUUUCAUCUUCCGGUCCCAGCUCUGUAAACCCUGGCAUUUUAAGAAUGGAUAGUUCUCCUACCAAAGGCAACCCAUUCACAGGAGAUGAGUUGAUGAAGUUGUUGGCUUUGCAGGCCAAGAAAUUCCAGUCUCAGGUGGAAUCCCUGGAGGACUUGAUUCAGACGGGGAGGCUGACACCUGAGGACCAGCGAAAGGUCUUUGCGAGGCUAAAGGAUGCCCAAGGUGCCUUGGAGCAGGCGUACCGACAAGCCCGAGAUCAACACCGGAUGCUGCAAAAGCAACAAGGACCUACUGGGAUGUUAGGGGAUUUUGACCCCGAUCGUGCGGUGGAAGGAGAGAUAUUCCAUCUUGAGAUGCGUCUGGAAGAGCUGAAGGAGAGACUGGGACAGGCUGCUUUCAACCAGAGCAACCCAGUACCAACCACGGCCUCUUCCGCCCAUUUUCCAGAACAGAGUCCGGAGGCACAAAUGGGAUCGCCGACUCCAUCUCUUCAUGCUCCGAUCCCGGCUGUCCGCACACCAUAUCCUGAGGUCUCAAACUUGGAAAAGAGUCACUAUCGAGUCCAGGUGGAUGUGGAGGUGAGCUCAGUCAGUGAUGAGAUGUCCGAAGGUGGCCUUCCAGAGCCUCUUCGCCAUAUGCAGCUCCAGGUGGAGAAGGACUUUGACCAUCUCUUGGGACACUAUAGCAGCUUCAAGUCAUUGCCGGCAGCCCUGAGUUUGGAACGGUUAGAUUCAGAUGAGCAUCAUUUAUCACCGGAGGAAACAGAUGGUGCAACAGAUGCUACAAAUCCUGGGAACAAAAAGGACUCCCUCCAGACAGCGGCCAAAACUAAGAAGGCCCCUCGCAUCCCAUCUUCUUCCUCCAUGACAGAGGCUCAACAGAGCUCAUCUCGCCAUCCGCUUCCGAGAAACCCCCGGAGGCCAGCGUACCAGAUUGGGCACGCGCCCACAGCUCAACCCGGGACGUUGGCAAUGCAAGAGGAGUCCUCUGAGAAGAGCAGGGCCUCGGGUGCCGUCCGCAAGAAGAUGUCCUCCAAAGGGCCGCCGGAGCAGCUUUCCACGCACAGCAGCAUGGUCAGUGUUGCGGGCAGCGCUCUCUCUGAACGCAUCCCCCGGAAGACCAAUAUGGCAUUGUCAGAGGAUCUCCGCAUUGUGUCUCCAGAGACGGAUAGUGGAUUUGUGGGAUCUGAAGCAAGCAGAGUGUCCCCCUUGGCACAAAGGCCGAAACAACACUUAUCCCAUUUGAGGUCCCAUGGGAUCCUGGGAGAAUCGGCCCCGCAGGAUGGAGUCCAGCAACCGGCUCCUCAGUGGAAGAGACCCAUCGUGAUGGAACCGCUAAGAGCAAAGGUCUCACCGAGGGACCGAUCUUCAGAGGAUGGUCCCCAGAGACAGACCCUACCCAAAAGAGGCCCGUUCCGGAUCCGCUCCAUUCGGCAAGAGCGGACAAACAGCAUUGCGAGUGAGAUGGAGCCAGGCACUGAGAGUUCUCACACCAACUCAGAUCCAGAGGCAGAACCACCUGGAGAACAUGGCACAUGCAACCCUCCUCCGAGCGAGUCGAGACACUCUGUUUCUCCCAGUUCUUCCUCUCUGACAUGUGGCGACAGCCUUCUUGACUCCCGCUUGAAGCGAGACCAAGCUAUCGCGGAUUUGCAGAACGAAGUUUCACAUCUGCGGCAAAGUCUGGAUGAGACCCUCCAUGGACCCUAUGGCUACCCAAAGCACUUCUCCUCCCCACGUGCCUCUAAACUCCAGCCGCCACUCCAAGGCAUGGCCUGCUUCUCCACAAGGGACAAUCCAGUUCUGAAAACCUCAGGGAAAAACACAGCCAAAUCUGAGAGUCUACCUCCAACCAUCAGUUCAGAAGAGCGGGUGAGGAGAACAUCACUCCCCCAAAGUGGGACUCAGGACAAUCCCACUUCAUCCAAGUUGGAUUCUUCUACUCCAAAGCCCCAGAAACAAAGACAGAAGGAAGCCUCUACUUCUGAAACAAAACCCUCGAAGCAGACCAUUCUACGAGGACCUUACACAGGGACGCCGUAUGCCUUUACAAACCCAGAGCCCCAAGGACCACGGAUCAUCAAAGGCACUUCCUCCUGUUCCCGUUGCCAAGAAGCCCAGUCACACCUCGGAGAUGUACUCACAAGUGACUCAGGCAGUGAUGAGACUGAAGGUGGUGACUCCCAGAGGGAUCCCUUUGGACCAUCUCAGCAUACGACUCAGAAGAAAACAGAAGCACCAAGAUGCCUUUUCUGCAAGGAAACUGGGAAGCACAAAACAAAAGCGCAUGGACAAAACCAUGCAAGAGAGGACACCCUGGCUCAGGACUUUGGAGCACAACAGAAACCUGUCAACCACCGUUCGUCACGACAGCCUGGCCUCUGGCACACUGCUGUCCCAUCACAAGCUCCCACCGUUGGUUACAUCCCCACCAUUCCGUUGGCAGCUUAUCCUUUGUCAUCUAUAAUAUACUGUCCUCCUGUAGCAACUACCUCAACCUCUCCCUCUCCACUUGGUCUCCCUAUCUUUGACCAUGGCAGUUUCGGACCAUUGAAAACAUGGGCUUACCGGUGGAGACCGCAAUCGGAACCUGACUGCGACAACAGCUUACAGGAUCUGAACUGGUCCCUGAACCGUGCGGUGGAAGUGGCCAAAGACAUGAAGUUGACCGCCCGACGAAUGAGCAGGACAUUAACUUGGGAACUGAAUAAAGCAAAAAGCCUGCGAGGAUCGUGCCUCUUCUGACAAUCUCAGAUCAUCUGGGGAUUACUGGAGUUGCCAAAAAAUAAGACCAAGAUGCAUCGUAUCUGAAAGGGAAUCAUGAUAGAACAUUCCAGGUUUGAUGUGCUGAAGAGCAACACCGUGACCACUCGGUUGUCCUAAGCAGCCUCUCUCCUGCAAUGAGAUGUCACAGCCUUGGAUGCCAAGUAGUGUGGGAGAGUCUUACUCAACUUGUAGGUUGAUUUGUGUCUUAAAACCCAUUGGAUCGUCGAUGGUCAGUCGAGGAGGGUAACUUGUAGAGUUGUGUGCGGACUUCUUUCCUACCAUUUCUUUCGUGUCUCCUGUUUCUUCGGGAACAUGAAACAGGAAGCUCCCUCCCCGCACGAAAAUCUGCUUGACAUGAAAGCCUGCUUUCGUCUGCAGCCGAGCACCUCCCAGAACUUGCCGUCUUGCCUUGGAAAGAGAGUGCAUGUGUGGCAGGACAUGGCCCAGAGUAUGCCUGCAGCUGAGCGCCUCUUACUCUAGAGUCUACAGGUACUGGCAAGCGCUUGUGCUUUCCGGACCUGCCUGAACAUCAUGCCACAUGCACUCCCCAGUGCCUGCAGAUGAGCACCUCUUACUCUACAAUAAGAGAUGCUCAGCUGCAGGUACUGGCAGGCACAUGUGCUUUCCAAGCCUGCCUGAACAUCAUGCCACACGCACUCUCCAGUGCCUGCAGCUGAGCGCCUCUUACUC